CCCAUGGAGUCUGUUCCUGCCUAUGAAAGCUUGACCACCUCCAAUGACGCCAACAAUGAAACAUCGUCUGCUUGCUCCAAAUCUAUUCGAAUGGACCUCUUUGUCCACUAUUCUCUGAUCCCUGCGGUUUUAAUUACACUUAUAUUAUCCUAUCUACAACGACAAGCAAAACAUGAAAAAACUAUGGAAAAGAUACCACUGGGCAAGAGAUUUGGCAUUGUUGUGCCUGUGAAUUUCAUAAGCAGUUACUCAAACAGAUGGUCUUACGGGGCCGCGUGUGGAGCUACAGCUACAACAGUUUUUCUCUUGUUCUUCGAUGAAUAUUCCAAUUACUUUAACUUUGCUGCACCAACCUGGGCCAAAGCUCUAGUCUAUCUUCUGUCUGCACUGGAGGUUGGGCUGGAUUAUUAUCCUUUCUUUGCCUGUUUAUCUACAGACCACAGAUUAAUAGGUUCAGCCCUAGGAUUUUGCUACUCUCUCUGCUGGUUUUGUGUACAACUGGCGAAUAUUCUUCAAUGUCAAAAACUAGCUCAUGCCUCAGUCAUACUCAUCUUCACACCAGUCCCAUCUCUAGCUUGCUGCCUAUUUCUCAUGGGGAGAUUCCUACAACUGUUGAUAAUAGCAGCUCUAUCUCUGUACAGACAGUUGGAGAGAAAGGAGGAAGAGGAGCCUCUUUUACCUCAACACUUGACCAACUAUGUCAGAAAUGUCCUAAAAUCUGCUCCUGAAAUAAAUGACCAGAAACCUUGUCAAAGAUGGAAGAUUUAUGCAUGGGAUACACAUUUUAAAUUUCCCACCAGGAUGAUAGUGACGGCGGUGCUCGGUUUGAUCUGUUUGUACAAUUUUGUCCUUGUAGAUUUAUUUGUCUCGCCAAAAGCUGUGAAAGGCCUGGACAGCUGGAUACUGACAACGGUUAACCUCUCCAUUUUCAACCAGACUAAAGGGGUAUUACUAUUGCUAAGAGAUUGCUGGUUUUAUUCGACCUUUCCGUCUGCUUUUACAAGUGUUAUCUAUGUCCUGCAUGUGCUGUCAAGCUACAGAAAAGAAAUGAAGAAACUUUAUAAAGGUGUCUCAGAUAUUUCGAGUGUGGAUCGCCCUGCUGUAGUCCUGGCAGCCAGUAUCCGAUAUACUGGAAAUCAGAUUGCAUAUUUGCUGUGGGGAUACUUUCUACUGCACAUCAUGUUCUUCUUGAAAAGUCUGAUUAUAACAUUCUGGUUUGUCAUCCCAAUCAAAGAGGGCAAAGGAAUGCUGGUUUUUCAGAUCUUCGGUUAUACAGUGUUGGGAAUAAUCAUCAUGAUAGCUGUGAUUCUUGCUCAGAUCUUGGCAGCACAUUUCCUUUUCCUACAAGAUAAAAUCUCACCAAACAAUAAGAACAAGCCAUUGGCUAUCAAUAACAGGAGAGGAUUUCAGAAUUUCAGCUAUUUCUUCAUGUUCUAUUCAGCUAUCCUUGGCUUUGGUGCAUGUUUGGUCAGAGUCUUAUUUAAUGUAAUCUUGGGGAGCUGGUUUCUGGCAAGGAUUGACCGUCCACUGUUUCCAAAAGGCUAUGAGGGUGCUGAUAUGGGGUACAAUACAUGGACUGGCAUGCUUCAAGUGGACCUGAAUCAUACUCACCCCAUUGUUUUGUCCUUCUGUCACAUGCUCACACAAGAUGCCAAGUCAAGAAAACACCACAUGGGUCCAGAUGUGCUCCAGGACUUGAAGAACAAACAAAGGAGGAUGAAGUGGUACUUAGUGUAUACUCUGAUUAAGAACCCCAUACUGAUACUAUACCGGAAGCCGAGUGUGGGCCAUUUAGGGUCCUUCCCUGUAACUAAGGAUGUUUUGCAUCGAUUACUGAUCAAUGCCUUACAGUCUCCGGACAGAAAAUGUAUUCUCAUGGAAACCACAAUAGACACUACUCAGAUUUAA